AUGUCGAGCGCAGAAAAAGCGGAAGCAGGGAACAAUGAGUCGAAUAAAAUUGAUCUUGACAAUAUCCUGAGAGACGAGGUGGGCCAGUUCGGAAAGUAUCAGAUCGUCACGGUGCUGCUGGCUGCGCUACCGGUCAUAUUCUCAGCUUUCGCUUCUGGAGAAUAUAUUUUCACCACCGCCAGAAUACCGACCAGAUGUCGGAUCCCUCAGUGCGAUGGUGAAAAUCCUGAAUAUGCACCCAGUUGGGUAUUGAACGCGAUACCGGGGAGCAGUAACACGAGUUUUGAGAACUGCGAGAGGUACCAGGACCGGCCUCAGCCGAACGUGACGCUGAGCGAAGAGUGUCCAGCGGACUGGUUCGACGGCACGCAGACUGUCCCCUGCGAGGACCACGUCUAUGAGAAUACGCUGAGCGUGGUCUACGAUUUCGGUAUGGCGUGUGACGAAUGGAGACGGUCGCAGAUCGGAUCUAUCCGCACCAUCGGCACGCUGCUGGUGCUGCCCAUCACCGGCUACGUGUCGGACCGCUGGGGCCGCCGCGUGGCGCUCACGCUCAACGCCUUCAACACCGGCUGGCUCGGCCUCGUGCGCUCCUUCGUCAACUCCUACGAAUGGUUCCUCGCCCUCGAGGUCAUCGAAUCCACUAUCGGCGCUGGAGCUUAUUCUUCUUGCUAUAUUUUAGUUACCGAGCUGGUGGGCCCGAAGUAUCGUGUUAUAGUAGGAGCUACAAUGUCAACGAUGUUUGCCCUGGGGCAAGUUUUCCUCGGCCUGAUAGCUUGGGGAGUCCCCACCUGGCGAACCCUCACCCAGGUCAUCUACGCGCCACAGCUGCUAGUAGUCGCCUACUUCUGGAUCCUAUCAGAAUCAGUGCGUUGGUUGAUGAGCAGAGGUCGAUACGAGGAAGCUGAGUCAGUCCUAAAAAAAGUCGCAAAAAUGAACAAAAAAGAAUUGUCAGAAAAAUCUUUACAAGCCCUUAGGGAAACGGCUGAAGCUGAGAAGAAGGCUGAAAAACCGAAAGAGCCCUGGUUGGUGGUCUUGGUGCUAAGAUCUAAGAUCAUCUUGUUGAGAUGUUGCGUUUCGCCGAUCUGGUGGAUCACCAAUACCUUGGUGUAUUACGGCAUGUCCAUCAACGCAGUGAACUUGUCGGGCAACAGAUAUCUGAACUACGUUUACGUUGCGCUCGUGGAAAUUCCUGGAUACUGGACAGCGAUUUUGCUAUUGGAUCGAAUUGGAAGGAAACCCGUUCUCAUUACCAGCUACUUUUUAUGUGCUGCUUGUCAAUUUGCUUUCGCAUUUUUGCCUGAUGAUAUGUACGCCGUAUCACUGACGGUGUACCUUCUCGGCAAGUACGCGAUUGCGGUGGUAAUGACGUCAGUGUACGUGUACACCGCUGAACUGUUCCCCACCAAGUACCGUCACAGUCUGUUCGCCUUCGCUUCUAUGGUUGGUCGUCUAGGUUCCAUCACGGCGCCUCUAACACCAGCCCUUGCUCUAGAAGUAUGGUCGAGUCUGCCGUCAGUGCUGUUCGGUUCACUCGCACUCCUGUCCGGGUUACUGAUCUUCUCGACGCCGGAGACGCUGGGCACGAAGCUGCCCAAUACCAUCGAGGACGCUGAACACCUGAGCUCGAGGAAAAUGAAAUCUUGAUAUUAAUGUUUAUCUGUUUUAAUUAGUUAUAAUAAUUACAACUACUUAUAUAAACGUAUAUAACUAUAAUAUAAUUUUUUACAUGCUAA